GAAGAGAUAUCUCUCGAAUACGUAUACGUUGUAAAAGAUGUUGAAGUGCCCUUCGAUGUGGCUGCAGCUGGUCUUGGGCUUGGCCUGCCUAGGCGCAGUGUCAUUACAGUCCCUCCAGUCGUUUCCCAAGCUGUGCGACGUUAAUAACUUUGACGACUUCUUGGCCCAAACUGGCAAAAUUUACGCGGACGAAGGCGAGCGGGCAUACCGCGAGAGUAUAUUUGCUGCUAAGAAGUCCCUGAUCGACCUGAGCAAUAAGAAUGCGGACGGUGGCUUCUCCGGCUACCGCCUGUACCUCAAUCCGCUGGCAGACCUGACCAAGAAGGAGAUUGCCACGCUUCUUGGAUCGAAGGUCUCCGAGAGUGGCGAGAAAUACACCAAUGGCCACAUCAAUUUCGUGACUGCUCCCAAUCCGGCUAGUGGCAACCUGCCCGAGUCCUUUGACUGGCGCGAGAAGGGAGGAGUGACGCCGCCAGGAUUCCAGGGAAUGGGUUGCGGCUCCUGCUGGUCGUUCGCCACGACGGGCGCCCUCGAGGGGCAUCUCUUCCGGCGCACGGGUGUGCUGGCCUCGCUGUCCCAGCAGAAUCUUGUGGACUGUGCCGACGACUACGGCAACAUGGGCUGUGACGGCGGCUUCCAGGAAUACGGCUUCGAGUACAUACGCGAUCACGGCAUCACUCUGGCCAACAAGUAUCCGUACACACAGUUCGAGAUGCAGUGCAGGCAGAACGAGACGGCUGGCCAGCCCCCCAGGGAGAGCAUCGUGAAGAUCCGCGACUACGCCACCAUCACACCAGGCGACGAGCAGAAGAUGAAGGAGGUGGUGGCCACACUGGGCCCGUUGGCCUGCUCCAUGAACGCUGCCCCCAUCUCGUUCGAGCAGUACCAGGGCGGCAUCUACGCGGACGAAGAGUGCAACCAGGACGAGGUGAACCACUCCGUUGUCGUCGUCGGCUAUGGAUCCGAGGGAGGACAAGAUUACUGGAUCAUCAAGAACUCGUAUUCCCAGAACUGGGGCGAGGGCGGUUUCAUGCGAAUCUUGCGCAAUGCCGGCGGCUUCUGCGGCAUCGCCAGCGAAUGCAGUUACCCCAUCCUAUAAUAAG